CACGUCCUCGUGACCGGCGGCGCGGGAUUCAUCGGCAGCCACGCGACGAUGAGACUCCUCGAGCUCGGGCACGCGGUGACGAUCGUCGACAACUACAGCCGCGGCAACCGCGGCGCGGUGCGCGCGCUGCAGAAGCUCGCGCCGCCGAGGAAGCUGCGGGUCGUGGAGGCGGACAUCGGGAUUCCGGAGGAGCUCGAGCGCGCGUUCGAUCCGCGGUAUCCGAUCGACGUCGUGAUGCACUUCGCCGCGAUCGCGUUCGUCGGCGAGGCGAUGGAGAAACCUCUGCUGUACUACCACAACGUCACGAGCAACACGGUGGGGGUGUUGGAGGCGAUGAAACGCCAUAAGGUCAAGCGUUUAGUUUACUCCUCCACGUGCGCGACGUACGGGAACCCGGACGUCAUGCCCAUUACGGAGAAGACGCCCACGGCGCCGAUAAACGCGUACGGGCGAAGCAAGCUGUACUCCGAAAACGCGGUGCGAGACCACGCGAAGUCGGACCCGGGGUUCGACGCGGCGAUUCUGCGAUACUUCAACGUCUUCGGCGCGGACCCGAGAGGGCGCCUGGGCGAGUACCCGCCGCCGUCGCUGAUGCAUCACGGACGCAUCAGCACCGCGUGUUUCGACGCCGCGCUGGGCAACCGAGACGAGCUCGUCGUGACCGGGACGGAGCACCCCACGGACGACGGGACGUGCGUCCGGGAUUACGUCCACGUCACCGACCUCAUCGACGCGCACGUCGCGGUCAUGCGCGGGUUGAAGAAUCCGCCCGCGUUGUAUAACGUCGGGACCGGGAAAGGCGUGAGCGUCAAGGAGUUCGUGCGCGCGUGUAAAAAAGUCACCGGCGGCGGGUUCGCGAUUCGAGAGGUGAAGAAGGCGAGGCCGGGGGACCACGCGGUGGCGUACGCGGACCCGUCGCUGAUACAGAAAGAGCUCGGGUGGAAGGCUCGGUACGUGGACUUAGAGGAGAGCUUAGGGCACGCGUGGGCGUGGAGACUCGCGCACAAGAGCGGGUAUUAG